AUGAGCUGGGGCCCCACCUGCCCCCCCCCGCCCCGGCUGACACAGCAGCCCUGGCACCUGCUGUGCUGCAGCAGGCAGGACAGCUUCAGCCUGCAGACCCUGUACUGGUUCAGGGGCCAGCUAGGCUCCCCCACCCUGCUGCUCAUCAGGGACACAGAGGCACAGCUCCUCGGUGCCUUUUCUGUCACCACCAUUUGCUGCAGCAAUGGCUUCUACAGGACAGGGGAGACCUUUUUCUUCUUCUCCCCAGAGCUGAAGGUGUUCAGGUGGACAGGCAGGAACAACUUCUUUGUGAAAGGGGACAUAGAUCUGCUGAUGAUUGGUGGGGGCAGCAGUAAAUCUGGGCUGUGGCUGGACGGAGACCUGCACUACAGGGGCAGCCACCCCUGCAAGACUUUUGACAAUGAGACCCUCUCACGCUGGGAAGAGUUCUGCAUCCAAGACCUGGAAGUGUGGGGCCUGGUCUGA